GCGCCGCCUCGGUGCUAUUUUUGACUCAGGCAGUGCGCGGGGCAGCCCGGCACCAGGGGAAGGCGGGGGCUUCGCAUCGGGCCGGAGAGCGGCGGCUGCAGCAAGAUGGCGGCGGGUGGCGGAGCUGAGGUGGCCGCGGCUGAGGAGGAGCUGCGCGAGGCGGGAGACUCGGAGGACGAGGGCGGAGGCGACGCGGACGACGCCGAGGACACCUCGGACGAGUCCUCGGGGGAGGAUGAGGAGAAGGAGAACGAGGCCGAGAUCCAGCGCCUGGAGGAGCAGCUAUCCAUCAAUGUUUUUGACUAUAACUGUCACCUGGACCUGAUAAAAUUGUUGCGCCAGGAAGGCGAGCUAGUAAAACUUCGAAGAGCCCGUCAGAAGAUGAGUGAACUCUUUCCUCUCACAGAAGAGAUCUGGCUAGAUUGGCUGAAGGAUGAGAUUCGAAUGGCAUCGGAUAAUUCAGAGCGGGAAAAAGUCUAUGAUCUCUUUGAAAGAGCUGUGAAAGACUACAUCUGUCCUGAGAUCUGGCUUGAAUAUGCCCAGUACUCAAUUGGUGGCAUUGGCCAGGAGGGAGGCAUUGAGAAAGUUCGCUCAAUAUUUGAAAGGGCGUUAACCGCGGUUGGUCUUCAUGUGAUAAAAGGAGCUGCCAUUUGGGAGGCCUUCCGGGAGUUUGAAAAUGCCAUCUUGGAAACAGUGCAGCCGACAGCUGGCAGCGUUCCAUCUCCUGAGCAGCAGCAGACCAUCUGUACACAGCUUGAAAAGAUCCAUGCACUAUUCAGGCGCCAGCUGGGGAUUCCACUGCUGGACAUGGAGGCUGCUUAUGCCGAAUACGAAGAAUGGUCUGAAGAGCCGAUCCCAGAAGAGGUGAUCAAGAAUUACAAGAAGGCUUUGCAGCAGAUGCAGAAAUGUAAACCGUACGAAGACGCACUGUUGGUAGCCGAGGCACCAAAGCUGGCAGAACAUCAAGCCUAUAUUGACUUUGAGGUGAAGGCUGGAGAUCCAGCUCGCAUUCAGCUGACGUACGAGCGAGCCCUGGCAGAGAACUGCCUUGUGCCUGACCUGUGGGCUCGGUAUACUCAGUAUUUGGACAGGCAGCUGAAGGUGAAAGAGCUGGUCCUUUCUGCCCACGAACGGGCUGUCAGGAACUGUCCUUGGACCGUCAAACUGUGGAACCAGUACCUGCUGGCCAUGGAGAGGCAUGAAGUGGAGCAUCAGCUCAUUUCUGAAAAUUUUGAAAAGGCUUUAAAUGCUGGCUUCAUUCAAGCUACUGACUAUGUGGAAAUCUGGCAGGCAUACCUGGACUAUCUGCGAAGACGGGUGGAUUUUACUCAAGACUCCAGCAAAGAACUGGAAGAACUGAGGUCUGCAUUUGCCCAUGCCGUGGAAUACUUGAAGCAAGAAGUAGAAGAGCGGUUCAGCGAGAGCGGGGACCCUUCGUGCACCAUCAUGCAGACCUGGGCGAGGAUUGAGGCCCGCCUGUGUAACAACAUGCAGAAGGCUCGAGAACUGUGGGACAGCAUCAUGACGAAAGGGAAUGCCAAAUAUGCCAAUAUGUGGCUGGAGUACUACAACUUGGAGCGGGCACACGGUGAUGCCCAGCACUGUAGAAAGGCCUUGCACCGGGCAGUGCAGUGCACAACCGACUACCCAGAGCAUGUCUGUGAGGUGCUACUUACACUGGAAAGAAUUGAAGGCACUUUAGAAGACUGGGAUGCAGCCGUUCAGAAGAUAGAAAACCGUCUUGCUCGAGUGAAUGAGCAGAGAGCCAAGGCUGCUGAGAAGGAAGCUGCCAUUGCUAAACAGGAAGAAGAGAGGACUGAGCAGCGGAAGCAGUCUCGGGCGGAGAAGAGAGCGGCCAAAAAGUCCAAGAAACCCAAGGCUGGAGAGAAGCGUAAAGCGGAUGACGACGAUGGGGAAUGGGGGCAGGAAGAGGAAGCUGAGCAGCCCAGCAAGAAGCAGAAGGGAAGCGGCAAUAUGCUGGAUGAGGAUGAGGAGGAAGACAUGGAGAUGGAAACGGGGCUCUUUGGACGGGACAUGCCAACGAAAGCAGACUCGAAGCCAAAGGAGGCGGCAGCAGCUGCAGCUUCCAAGUGGAAAGAAGCCCCCAAAAUCCUUCACAACAGCGAGAAAGACAACGUCACAGUCUUUAUCAGCAACCUCUCCUACAGCAUGACGGAGCCAGAAGUGAAGCUGCGGGAGCUCUUUGAAAGCUGUGGGGAGGUGGUAGAAAUCCGCCCCAUCUUUAGCAACAAGGGGACUUUUCGGGGCUACUGCUAUGUGGAGUUCAAGGAUGAGAAGACGGCUUUGCAGGCUCUCAGCCUGGACCGCAGAAUCGUUGAAGGGAGGCCAAUGUUCGUGUCUCCUUGUGUUGACAAGAACAAGAACCCGGAUUUUAAGGUGUUCAAGUACAGCACUGCCUUGGAGAAACACAAACUCUUCAUAUCUGGCCUACCUUUCUCCUGUACAAAGGAAGAGCUGGAGGAAGCAUGCAAGGCCCAUGGGAACGUGAAGGAGAUCCGGCUGGUCACCAACCGAGCAGGAAAACCCAAGGGCCUGGCCUAUGUGGAGUUUGAGAAUGAAACGCAGGCCUCUCAGGCCGUGCUGAAGAUGGAUGGUCUCACCAUUAAAGACCAUGUAAUCAAGGUGGCUAUUAGCAACCCUCCUGCCCGAAGAUUUCCUGAGAGGCCAGAGGCUGCCGGGAGAGCACCUCAGGCACUGGUCCCACGACAGAUCUAUGGCGCCCGUGGGAAAGGAAGGACCCAGCUCUCGUUGGUCCCUCGUGCUUUGCAGCGCCAGAGUAACCCCACCGCCAAGGCGGCAAACGGAGUGGCUCAGAACCCGCCAGAGACCCCACCCCUUUCUGCAGAGGAGCCCAAAAAGAUGUCUAAUGCGGACUUUGCCAGGAUGCUUCUGAACAAAUGAGGUCACAAUGGGCAGGGUUAUAAAAUGCCAGGGGGAGAUGGCUUUUGUACUGGCAAGUCUCAACCAUGUUUGUUCUCCUCUAGACCUCUGCACCUAUCACACUUGACAGCAUGCAGCUGGUGAAAUUGAGAGCCAGGAACGGGGUGUGUUGGGUUUUAUGACGGGAUGGCAGUGCAGAAUCUGGUAAAAUGGGUUUAAAUCUUUAAGUGCUCCCUCAUAUUGAGGGGUAAUCUGGAAAGAACUCACAUUGGAGGUUGGGUUACAAAUCAAAGUUUAAUUAAGGUCCUUAGUUCUCUUAAAAUCUUUUUAAGAAAAGAAGAAUUUAACAUGAAAGCUUGUUACUGUGAACUACAGAACCCCACCACAACUGAAGAUCCAGUGGUGGGUAACUCACAGCACACAGCACAGUUCGGAUUGGGUCCCGUGGAUCCAUUCUGCUAAUGUUGGUGGCUUCCUCUGGCAAAAGGAGAUCCUCUCGAGACAGAGUAAUGCAUCUUGCCCUGGGGAAGGCACUGCAGUUUAGUGAAAUGGAUUAACAGGAACCAGGCCUUUAUUCAAACCCACCCCCCUCUAUGUUGUGGCUGUAUCCAACACCUUCUGUACAAAGUUGUUAUAAAUAGUAAUAACCAUAAUGGCCUAUUUUAGUACUGGGGUGCCACGAUUGGCAUUUAUAAUGAAACUGGAUUGACGAUUCACUCAAGUUGGUAUGUUUUAUAUAUAUAUUAUAUAUAUAAAUAUAUAACGUAUUUGUAAAUGACAUGCCAAUUAUUUCUAAGCUUUGUUCAACACAAUGCUAGGGAAAUCUCCUAUACAAGCCAGGAUGUGCUGCUUCAGUUGACUGUUUGGUGUUUUGUUUGCUGAACAUUUUUUUACAUAUGUAUUUUUUCUUGGCCAUUUAAGUUCCUGAAUUUGUUGAGGUUUUUUUUUUUUUUUGGCCUCUUCAGUUUUUUUUGUACACCAUGUGAAAUGUGAGCUCCCCUUCUACCUUGAGUUCAUUAAAGUACAGUUCUUGAAAAGUGUGAUUUGCAUUU